AUGUUGAUCCGGGCAGGCUCGCUGAGCGUCGAGUUCAACGUGUGGAACCCCCUGUACGCCGUUGCUCCAUUCGCCCUCUUCCUAAUCUCGAUUCCUCUCGCCACCUUCGCUGUUGUUACGACGUCUCUCGCCGUCGCAUUGCUCUCCUGCCGCGCCUUGGUCGUCUACUUCCAGCUUGGAGUUGCGCUCGUGAAUGCAUGGCUCUUUCCUCUGCUGCCAAAGUCCUCCAGCCUCUACCACUCACCAUCUGCAGCAUCUCCUGGGCGCUUGUCUCCGACCCAUCAGCGAAAUCGUCGAAGUAGUAAUGGAAGCUCUGCAUCGCAAGACACAACUAUACCUAGCGCACACACAUCUCGCCUUCGAGGCAAGAGCGGCUCCUUUUCGUCCAUUAUAGGCACCAGCGAGAUAACGAGGGACUUUGAAGGCGUCGGCGGUUGGCGCGUACCAGGCGACGAGGACGAGGAGGCUUUGUGGAUGGGCAUAAACUCAAGGUUGCAGCUACCGGCUGAUGUGCCCAUUCGUAGACACAAGCGAAGCCUCACAGGUGGUGCCAGCCCGAGUCAACGAUGGAGCUGGAGCCCCGAGGCGCUUCGGAUGAGUCCCGUGCAGAGCAGAGCAAGGACACCGGUGCGAUUUGCAGUCGAUGACGAGGGUGACUACUUCCCACCGCAGCCAAUGUCGAGUAUACGUUCUAUGAGUUCUGAUCCCAAGAAACAACAUAAGAGGAGAAAAAGUGGUAGCGGAAGUAGCACCUCGAGCACUUCAGGUAUUAUGAUGGCAGUGAAGGAGGCCGGAGAGUGA